AGCCUGGCUCCUCCCCUAGUAGAUUAGUCCCCGCCUCUGGUAGUCAAACCAUCCCUAAGAUUCCCUGAGCUGGGACUAGCGAAAUCUGCACUGAUCGCAGUCGUCCUCAGUUUUACCCUCUGGGAAUCGGCCUGGGGGCGCACGUGCUGCUCUCUUCCACCAGGCCCGUACCCGGCGGGUGACGCGAUCCGUGUCCAUGUCUGCGGCUAUCAAUAAAGUUGCUCACUUGUUGCCGGCCCGCUAGCCCGAGAGGUUGCGCGCGCAGGCCGAGAAGUCUCGCGAUAGCCAGCUGCGUCUGCCCUUGCUCUUGCGGAGCCGGCGGGGUCUGAGGUGUGGGAUCGGGGUAGCAGGCUAUGGCGCCGAAGGUUUUUCGUCAGUACUGGGAUAUCCCCGAUGGCACCGAUUGCCACCGCAAAGCCUACACCACCACCAGUAUUGCCAGCGUCGCUGGCCUGACCGCCGCUGCCUACAGAGUCACACUCAACCCUCCGGGCACCUUCCUUGAAGGAGUGGCUAAGGUCGGACAAUACACGUUCACUGCAGCUGCUAUCGGGGCCGUGUUUGGCCUCACCUCCUGCAUCAGCGCUCAGGUCCGCGAGAAGCCCGACGACCCCCUGAACUAUUUCCUCGGUGGCUGCGCCGGAGGCCUGACUCUGGGGGCACGCACGCACAACUACGGGAUCGGUGCCGUUGCCUGCGUGUACUUGGGCAUAGCGGCCUCCCUGUUCAAGAUGGGCCAGCUGGAGAACUGGGAGAUGUUUGCAAAACCCAAGGUGUGAGCCCUGUGCCAGCCGGGACCUCCAGCCCGCAGAAUGCGUCCAAAAAUAAAUUCUGUGUCUAUGUGUG